AUCGGUUUUGUGUCAUCACAAAUAAUGUGAAUUUGACGUUGCAUGCUGGCCAAUUCCAAACGUAAAACAAAAAUAGUAGAACCAUAAAAAUCUUGCAAAAAUGGAUCAUUUUGGGAAGAAGGAGGUUAUUCAAGCCAUACUCAUAGCAGACAAUAAUGUGGAAAACUUUAAGCCAUUGUCGGAUGAUGAUUCAACAGCUCUUAUUCCUUUGGUGAAUGUUUGCAUGCUGGAUUAUGCCCUGGAGGCACUCAAUCGUAGUGGCAUUGAAGAGGUGUUUGUCUUUGCCAGUCUCCAUUUGCAAAGUGUACGAGACCAUAUCAAGAAAGGAAUUGCAUCACUCAGUUCGUGGUCUGUAAAUAUGACGGUGACCGUAAUUGGAGGCGAAGCAUGUCAAAGUUUUGGUGAUGCCAUGAGAGAAUUGGACAGCAAGGCCUUGAUACGUGGAAACUUUGUUAUAUUGGGUGCUGAUACAGUUACCAAUGCAGAUUUCAGGCCAAUAUUUGAGCAACACAAAAAAACUGUUAAAUAUGAUAAGGGAGCUGCUGCCACCCUAAUUUUUAAAGAGGCUGAAAAUCAACUGCGCACAGGCAAUGAAAUUAUGAUUGCCUUGGACACCCAAAACAACAGACUUCACCACCAUCAGCGUUUGCGUUUGAACGGCAAAGAAUCAAAUUUUGAAAUACCUUUGGAAGUGUUCAUGCACAACUCUCAAGUGGCCUUGCAUCAUAAUCUGCUGGAUCCCCAAAUGGCCAUUGGUUCGCCCUCUAUGCUUUCCUUAUUUUCGGAUAACUUUGAUUUUGAGACACGAGAUGAUUUCGUCAAGGGAAUUCUAAUAAAUGAAGAAAUUUUGGAUAGUCGCAUUUAUGUUUCCCUUCUGCCCAGAGAACAAUACGCCCGCAAAGUCAACAAUUGGCUAACCUAUCAAAUUGUUAGCAAUGAUAUUAUAGGCCGUUGGACAUACCCCCUGGUGCCCGAUAUGGGUGUGGUGGGCCUUACGCAGCAGUAUAUAUUUUUGAAAAACAAUAUUUAUAAAAGUGCCACGGCCAAUAUGUCCAAAGUGCAAUUGCAUGAAAAUGUAGUGGCUCACGCUGGUUGUGCGGUGGGUCCCGGCUCUUCGCUGAACAAUUGUGUUUUAGGACAAAAUGUUAAAAUUGGCCAAAACUGUUACAUUUCUAAUGCUUAUGUGCUGGAUGAUGUUGUGAUCGCAGACAAUAGUUCUUUGGAAUUUUGUGUAGUUGGAGCGAAAACAACGAUAGGCAGUAAAACAAAGCUCAAAGAUGGUUGUGUAGUGGGCAAGGGUUGUGUUUUGCCAGCCAAUACAAAUUUGUCUAAUGCUAUAAUAGCUUCUUCGGCUGGCAAUAAGGAAGGAGAAACGCCCAGCUUCAAAAAACUAGGCGACAAAGCCUUCCUCAUAACCCAACAGGAUAAUGAUGUGGUGGCAGCAUUCGAAGAUGAAGACAACGAUGAUAUAUUGCAAAUAGGUAAAACGGUACCUAAAAUGAUGAGACUGCCUAUAAAGUAUGAAGAAAGUGAUUAUAGUUCCAGCAGUGAUGAAGACGAAUCAAGACCUUGUUCUCCCUUGCCGGAUGAUACCAACAUAUUCCUUUCGGAAGUUAUUGAUUCAUUAUCACGUGGUUUCCAAGAAAAGUCCAAUCCAGAUUUUCUUAUACUCGAAAUCAACUCAUCGCGUUAUGCCUACAAUAUGUCACUAAAAGAAGUGAAUUUUAAUGUUGUAAAGGCCAUUUUUAGUUUACCCACCAUUAAGGAAUCAACGGGUAAUAUUUUAGUGGAUAUUAAUGCCGUACUUAAACAACUGGGGCCUGUUAUGACAAAUUAUAUAAAAAGUGAGGACGCCAUGGUGGAUUGUCUGAAAGCUUUAGAGGAUAUUUAUCUGGAAAACGAUAAAGUGCGCGAAAAGAUCUCCCAGGUUAUACAUUAUCUAUACGACAAGGAUUUUGUAAGCGAAGAAGCCAUAUUGGCUUGGCAUGAAGAACUUGAUCUAGAACUGCAUGCCAGCCUUCAUAAAAGUCUGCAAAAACUAAUUGAAUGGCUGCAACAGUCUAGUGAUGAGGAUGAUGACGAAGAGGAUGAAAGUGAUUAAAACAGACCAUCAAUUUUACAUAACCCCAGCCCAUGCAAAAGAACUGUUUGUUUUUUUUUAUUAUUUGG